AUGAAAGAAUAUUCACUGACGUUCGGCCGCUGCAGGAUUUGUCCAGGAAUCCAUCUCGCGGAAGCCUCGGUGUUCAUCCAUUGCGCCAUGUCGCUUGCGGUGUUUAACAUAUCCAAGCCCGUGCUGGACGGAGCAGUGCUAGAACCAAAUAUUGAGUUUACCUCUGGAAUGAUCUGCCAUCCAGUUCCGUACGAGUGUUGUAUCAAGGCCAGGUCAUCGAAGGCCGAAGCCUUGUUACCCUCUGUGGAUGACGCCUAG